CACUUACUGAUGUUACACACAUCUCGGAAGUCAUACUAGUUAGCUAGGUUUUUAAUCUCGACGCAGUUUCGAGGUCAUUUUAAGGUACGCCGCUAGGAGUUAAUUUGUAGCUAGAAGCCUAAAUUAAAUCAAAUGGUGCCUAGUUAGCGUUUUCACAUAUUAAAGGAGUUGUGUCUCGGUGUCGCGGUCUGAACUCGGGCCGAAUCCUAAAUUACAUCUCAGUGUGUAUAAAAGUGCACUAGGUAGGGUAUGACAUAAUGGAUUGUACAGCCUAUCUAGUGCAUUAAGUGUCCAAUAGGAGGAUAUAAUAGUAUUCUGCCAGAUAUGGCUAGUUAGAUUGUUGUUUUCUUAACAUUAAGGUGGCUCGAAUGUAGAGUAGUAAAUUUCUAUCAAUAAAUGUAUGCACUGAAAUGAAUAGAUAAGGAGUUUUAGCAGACUGUGUCACGCAUGUGUGCCGUUCGGCUUAAUCUCCGUUCAAAAUUUUACAUAAACCUUUAAAUAAGUUGAGUGAUUUUGCCUGGCCACAAGAUCAGAGUUAUGGACAAAACACUGCAGCAUCCAGAGGGACGUGAAGCACGGGCCAUGGACCAGGUCACCUUCCGCAGUGACACUGUGCUCUCUGAUGUGCACUUACUGCUCCCAAAUGCUCGUCAUCUCAUGACUCGACUCAAUAUCGUCGGACAACCAGUUUUUUUGUCGAAGUUCAGGAUUCUGCGUGAGGAGGAGCAGAAGGAGGCUUGUUCUCCGUCAGAGGAGAAGUCAUACUCUCUUCUGGACGAAGAUGGAGACCUGGACGUAGCAAGGAAGCCAUCGGAGACAGCGCAGGGCCGCGAAACCGCUCACCCUGUCAUCCUAAGACAGGCUGAGGGAGCGAUUAGUGAGGAGGAGGAGGAAGAUGACAUAACCGAUGUCAUAAAGAUUGAGCACACGAUGGCGACGCCCCUGGAGGACGUCGGAAAGCAGAUCUGGCGAGCAGCUUUCCUGCUCUCCGACUUCAUUCUGUCCAGCUCUGCUGUGUUAAGAGGAGCGACGGUGCUCGAGCUGGGAGCAGGAACCGGAUUAGCCAGCAUCGUCAUGGCGAGUGUGGCCAAAACGGUCUACUGCACAGAUGUUGGUGAAGAUCUCCUCAGCAUGUGUCAGAGAAAUGUGCAUUUGAAUCAGCAUUAUAUUGCAGCAUCAGACGAGCGCGGUGUGAAAGUGAGACAGCUGGACUGGACCACAGACGAUUUCCUCACAGAUGCGGAUUCAGAAUUUGGCUGGAGUGAGGACGAGAUCUCGGACCUCUACGAUAACACCACAGUCAUCAUCGCAGCAGACGUGUGCUAUGACAACGACCUCACCGACGCCCUGUUUCGGACUUUGUAUCGCAUUUCCAGUAAUCUGUGUCACUCCAGCACCGCCUACAUCAGCAUAGAGAAAAGGCUGAACUUCACUCUGCGCCACAUGGACGUGUCCUGCGAGACGUAUGACCAUUUCCGCCGCUGCCUGGAGCAGAUAACGGAGCUGAGAGAGAAGAAAAUGAGGUUCACGGUGUCACCGGUGUCCUGCUCCUUCCCUCAGUUCUUCCAGUACGAACGAGUGAACCAACUGGAGCUGUGGAAAGUAUCUGUUAAUCCCUUUCAGACUCUAUCCAGCUCAACAACCUCACAAAAAUGUGGUGAAAAGGAUGCAACAUCAAAAACUAAUCCAGACGCAAUAUCCAAGAGUUGAUACUCGGCUUUAUGCUGUUAUGAAUGUGCAAAACUAAGAGAGCUAAGUGCUAAGUGAAUCCCAAAUGUGAAUCCUAUUUUAUGUAAUUAAUUUAACAAAGGUUUUAUUAUAUAGGAUGAAGAAAGGUGGUGGAGAUCAAGUGAGAAUUUCAUUUUAGUUUAUUUUUAGCUACAGAUUGCCCUUCUUGUUUUGGUAUCUGUCUCGCUCCAGACAGUUGGGAUUGCAUACUGUGAAUUGUAAAUUAUUUAAAAUUGAUUGUGUGUUUUUGUGUGUGUUUACUGACAUUCUGAAUAAGUGCUACAAUGAAUUGAUUUCUAUAGC